AUGGUGCUACCUCUUGGCGACGCUUGGCUUAUCAGCGACUUGGAAGCAAAGGAGACGUACGAGCCCUCUGUUGAUGAUCAGGGAAAACCAUUCCUGAUUAGUUAUGAGAUAGAAGGCUGGGAGAAUUACUAUUGGCUAACAAACACUUUCAACGGCGAACAGCUCUCAGCAUACGGUGGUGAAGUCAGAGCAACUUUAUUUUGGGGUGUCGCCCGAGGGGAUACUGGGGGUAGUCCAACAGUUGGUCCGGAUGUCAUACUAGUUUCUUCAGAUGGUACGCGGUUGACUUAUAGCAACACCAGUCAUGAGAUGCCUGGCCAACUUGAGUUGGUCGUAUCCUUGCUGGAGGGUAGCUGGUACUCAGACCUGGGUGAUAUGGCCAGUCGCAGUCAGUUGCUUGAUGUGCUGAGCGACGUGCGCGCUCUUAUGUUGCGAGCGUAUUUUCACAACGACCAGGAUGAGGUCCGGCUGGAGAGUGUGGAGGUGCGUGGAGCUGGCAGCGGAGUCCGGGAGCGGUGUUCAUGUCCCACGGGCUACGAGGGCGCGCACUGCCAGCGCUGUGCCUGGACUCACGCGCGGCUGCAGCGAGCCCCUGGGACGACCCCAUCCUUCGAAUGUGUACCCUGCCCGUGUAACAUGCACGCUAGCUGUCGCACAGUGGACGGCCCCUGCGGUCCGUGUCGGCACAACACUACAGGGCUUCAUUGUGAACGAUGCUUGCCUGGACAUUACGGCAACCCUGUACAGGGUUCAUGCAAGCCCUGCGCGUGUCCUCUCUACCUGCCUUCCAACAACUUCAGUCCGAACUGCGCGCUCGCGUCCGCUGAAGGUGACGACUUUGUUUGCACACAGUGUCCCGACGGGUACACAGGCGAUCACUGUGAACUAUGCGAUGUGGGCUAUUGGGGCUCACCAACCACACCAGGUGGAUCGUGCCAGCCAUGUGCUUGCGGCGGGGCGCCGUGUCGUGCUGACACCGGCCGAUGCUUGGUGUGCCCGCCGCACACCGAGGGUGCGCGGUGUGACCAGUGUCAGGAGGGGUACUGGUUCGGUGGCGAAGGGGAGGAGUGCGUGGCGUGCGCGUGCGGGCGGGGCGCGCUGUCGGGCGCGUGCGACGCGCGCACCGGACGAUGCGCGUGCGCACACGGCUGGGCGGGCCGAACCUGCGACGUCUGUGCACAAGGAUACGGCGACGUGGCGGCGGGGUGUCCGGCGUGCCGGUGCGGAGUCGCAGCGUUGGACGGUACGUGCGAGCCUCGGUCCGGUGCUUGCGAGUGCGCGCCCGGUGCCUCACCGCCGCACUGCGACGUCUGCCUGCCCGCGCACUACGCGCUCAGUGACACCGGCUGCCUGGGUGAGUCACUUUGCAUGGUCACAUUAGUAUUUUUCAGGUUGGAACUACAUGUGGCUGGUGUAUACAAUUUAGAUAAUUAUAAUUCAAAAUGUCAACCGUUUUUUUAA